AUGGCAGCCAUCGUCGCUCCGUUCCCAGCAUUGCCACUGGAGCUUGUGCGCGACAUCUUCGAGCAUGCCGCCUGCUCCUCGCGCCCCGCCGCCCGCGCCCUCGCGCUCGUGAACCACACGACCCGCUCCUGGACCGACCCCGUGCUCUACCGCACCGUCGUCCUCGACUCGGCCCGCGCCCUACGCGCCUUCUCCUGCGCGAUAGCCACCAAGCCCGCCGACUUCCUCCCCCGCCACCUCAAGCACCUCGGCAUCUUCGCCCCGGGGCCGCUCCCCACCAUCUACCACGUCCUCGCCGCCUGCGCCCACGCGGGCCUCGCCAGCCUCGCCUGCGGGUUCGCCCUGCCCGCCCUCGCGCCGCACGAGCCACGGGCACCCAUCGCCCUGCCGCGCCUGCGCGAGCACCACCUCCUCGGCGCCGCCUGUCGCGACCCGUCCGACUGGGACCCGUCCGCGCUCAGCCCCGCCCUCACGCACCUCCGCAUCCACAUCACAGCCUCCAACUGGUCCCCAGCGCGCCUCGCCGGCCUGCGUCGCCUCCCGUCCCUCACGCACCUCGCCGUCGUCUACCGCCAGAGCGACGGCUGCUUCGCCUUCAUCCUUUCCCUCCUCCGCGACAUCCUCGACGCUCUCCCUCUGCGGCUCCUGCUCGUCCAGGUCGUGGGUCGGCCGCGAGGCGCCUGUCUCGUUGAACGGCUGAACCAAGUCGCCGUGGAGAAGCUGGGGGAGCGGCGGCUCGUCGCAGAGGCAGCGCCGUUCUCAACCGUGCGGCAGUGGGAGGACGCGUCGCGAGGCGGCGUCAGCAUGUGGACCAGGGCAGAGCAAGAAGCGGAACGAAGGAGAGCGGACGCUCCGGGCGUCGCUGGUCGUCGGUGA